ACGAUGGUGCAAUUUUUAUCGAGUAGAGAAUGCCUCGGACCAAAUCAACCGACUGUCUUACUACGAUUUGCUUGAAAAAUAUUGCCAAGAACAUCGACAAAUAUUGGUUUGCUGAUGUGGACCGAGAUUUUGGAGAAAAUCCACAUUUUUUAUAUAUAGUUGGCCCGUUUGAGUGCCUGUCUGGUGAACAAAUACAGCAACUGAUUUACAUCUUAUCAUCAUUUAAACUAUUACGACGACAACAUCUUCACGUUCUUAUUUCCCAGAACUUAAGAUCAUUGGACCUCAGCCAGUCAGUCAUCAUUGCCAACAAUGGACUCAUCUUAAAAUCAAUUGGUUAUCGCUGUAAGAAAUUGACAGCGUUGAAUAUUUCAAAUUGUUCUUGGAUUCCUGCUGCUUCCAUUGCCGAUGUCAUCAGAAACUUGCCUUUAUUAAAACACCUCGGCCUACAACGAACAAAAUCAAAUGACCUUGUUAUGUCCGCUAUUGCCGAGUCUUGCAGUCAUCUGAUUAAUUUAGAAAUUUCAGCAUGCCAAAUCACCGACAAUGGUGCUCAAAGUUUAUGUGGUGGGAAAUUAGCAAACGGACCAAAAUGUAAAUCUUUAGUGAAACUGGACGUCAAAGCUACAAAAAUUGGAAUAAAUGGGGCUAUGAUGAUUAUCAAGACUUUUGAAAAAUUGCAGAUGUUUAAAUUUGCGGAUGUUGUCGAAGCUGUGAAACAGAUAGUCGAAAGUAACAAUAAUCAAACUAAAAAUGGUGAAAAUGCAUUAAAACUGUGUUAUUUGUCAGCUACCGGUGUAAAAUGUCGUGGAAUUAGCUCAGAGAGUAUCGUCAUGUCUGUCCUGUGUUGUCCGUUUGUAACAGACCUGACUCUUUAUCGGGGUGCAACGAACGAAAACGUGCAAUAUUUAUUAAAUUUAAAGUUUUUAAGAAAUUUAAAAAUUACCAGUGAUAAAGCUGGCGAUGUAACAUUUGAUGAUGGACUACUUCCUGUUUUAAAAUCCAAGGGAGAUAAUCUCAAAUAUUUAGGAUUAUAUGAUAUAGACGAUAUAGAUUUAUGUAAAUUAGGAUUUUAUUGUUCGAACUUAGAGCGUCUGAAGAUAUUUAUGCCGAUGUUUAAUCCUGUUAAAUUUAAUUCUUCCACAAACUAUAUAACUAACCCCAAAUCUGGUGCAUUUAGACAUUUAAAAGAAUUUAUGCUAGUGAUAGGAGAAGAUGACGCCAUUUUAAAGUCGUCUGAUCUUUAUUUUGUUUUAGAGAAUGCUUUGAAAUUGGAGAAGUUGCAUUUGAUUAAUACGCAGUGUUUAACGGAUAAUUUAUUAAAGAGAAUAUUAUUAUUAAAUCCUCUCGUCCACAUCGAUCAAAUAGAACUAGAGACAUGCCAUCAUAUUACUGAAGAUUCUGUCUGGCAGCUGAUAGCUUGCCAAAGUCCUUUAAAACAGUUAACCCUAACUGGCUGCCAUGAAAUAACUCGACAAAAUCUUGAUCAAUUCAAAAAAUUUAGCAAAGCACAAAAUCUAAAUUUGUCAAUAUAUGGGAAUAUAUUGUAACAUGAUUUAUAUAAACUGGCAUUAUGUAAGAGCUAAAUCUGUCUAUUGCAGGUCUUUCUUUUACCCUGAAAUGUUAUACAAACUAUUAAUUAGAAAUUUAUUAAAAUGAAAAGACCUUAAUCAACUCUUAAUCAAUUUUCACUGGAUUUGAAUCCGAGCUGCUGCUCGAAGCUCAUUGAUGAUUAAAUCUAAAAAUGGAUAAUCAAAACUAUCUUUUUUAUUGUACUCACAUUAGUAAUGAUGAUCAAGGCUAGGCCUAAAAUUCAAUUGCUAAUAUCUCAGUUCAGAGUGGAGCAAUUUGACUGAAACUUUCAGCAUGUUCCCUUUACAUUAUCUAGUUUUUAACUAUUAUAGUGAAAACUUCCAGCUCUUUAUCUAAUCUUCCAUAAUGCUCCUUUAAUUUGAGUAGAUUGAACUUAUUUAUUUUUCUCACACCUUUUAAAGAAUGGGGAGGGGAGGGGGAGGGGGGGACUAUUACAAUAGGUUUGUCAGCCUGUCUGUCAAACACAUCUUUUGUAACAAAAUGAGACUCUGUUUCUAAUUGAGGUACAAUGUUCAAAUUUUGUUCAGGAGUUUAUUAGGAGAAGGUCUUGCUUGAGUUUGAUGAUGAGCAUUUUCUGCUUAGGCUAUAUUAUAAGUGCAAAAUGCAAAAUUACCAAGUCUCUCUCUCUCUCUCUCUCCCCCUGGGGAGUUGGAUGGCCGAAUGGUUAGCACGUGCACGCGCUGUAUCGUAAGGCCUGUCAUCGAGUCAACUGGCGUGGUUUCGAAUCCCCGGUUGUACGUGACAAGGAGUAGAGUUGCCUGUCCAACCUCCUAGGUUUUCUCCGGGUCCCCCAGUCCUCCCACUGCUAAAGACCCCUGAUCCCUACGCGCAAGCGAAUUGAGUGAAAUAAAAUUAAAAACCACAUGUUAGUCCCGAAAUGACCUAGUCUGUCGGACAUUAAACUCUCUCUUCUCUUCUCUUCUUCCCCUCUCUCUCUCUCUCUCUCCCCUGUAUUGAAGCGAUUUAGUUGGCUUGUUUUAUUUAUAUACAAUAUCUGGUAGUAUAUUGAUUUUAAUUAUAUGCCAUAUAUAUACAAGCAUUUAACUUUUUGAAUUUUAUAUAUAUAAUAUAUUAUUUUAUAUGUACAUGUACAGAGGAAACUGGUUUUCUUUGAUGUAGAUCAAAAUAUAUUAUUGAAAUAUAUGACUGAAGAAGUUGUUUUGAUAUAAUCACAAUAAAGUGUUGAUCAGUUUGAUAUAAUGUGUCAUUUCAAUUUGUGGUGGGUUUGGCCAUAUCUGUUGACAGAUUAUUAAAAAUAUGAUAUAUUUUGAUAGUUACAAAAUCAUUUGUGCCAUACAUUUUGGUUGAUCAUUUCCCAGUUCUUUUCA